GUUGCCGAAGGCAAGCCGCAAGGUGAUAUUCAUUCACAUUGUAACGUUCUUGACAAUUCCAAGAUAUGCGUAAUAUAGACGGAAUGCUGCAGGAGAUCGAGGGAGACGUUUUGAAAUGACAGUACAGUCUGUUCCGGGCGUCUGAUGUCCAGAUGUUUAGUUCCUUGUCAUGACACUGACACCACAUGUACUGGUGCGAGCUUUGGGCAAGUCCGCGCUAAAGAUCAUUCAGUAUGGAUCUCUGGUCUACUGUACCUUGGAAUUUGUGGCAGACUUUGUUGUAUGUAGUGGACCAUCCAUGCAGCCAACCAUCCAGUCAGGGGAUGUUGUUCUCACUGAACACAUCAGCGUCAUGUUCAACAAAAUUCAGAAGGGUGAUAUUGUGAUCAGCAAAUCUCCCAAAGCACCUAAAGAAUAUAUCUGUAAGAGAGUGGUUGCAAUGGAGGGAGACUGCAUCAUUAACACAGAGGACAACUCCAUCAUCAGUAUAAAACGUGGUCAUGUGUGGCUGGAAGGGGACAACAAGACGAACAGUAUAGACUCACGCAGUUAUGGCCAGGUGCCUUAUGGCCUUUUAAGGGGUCGCGUCUUUUUUGUGUUAUGGCCCUUUGGCAGACUAGGAUCCCUUGGUCUCUCUGCUGAGAACAAAGGGAUGUAAGUUUUCAAAACAGACAGCAGGGAGAGAGAGGAUGUGAUUUCUGUCAGUCGAGCAUAGGAUGAUGUUGCCGCCUUAAAGCCUAGCCUUACUCAGGAUGCAGAGUAAUGUCUAUCCAGCUGCUGCUUUUCUUGGUUAAGUUUUAAAAAAGUGUAAUUUUUGUAUGUCUUCUGUCUUCAUCCUUUUAUUGGUAUGUACAUGCAAAUGUGCAGUACAGCCAAUCAGUAUGGUAAAUGAAACUCUAAAACUGGCAGACCUAGUGUUUUGUGUGACUUUAUUCAAACCGAGCCCUUUACAUUUAUUACACAAGAAGCAGCCUGCCUUUGAACAUCAUGUAGCUGUCAAGAAAACUUCUAGCAGCACCUGUUUAUGACUGCCUAAAAGAGGAUGCAUUUUCCUGGCUGCAUGUUGUGAAAUAAUGGUUUUAUCAAAUUAAUGUUUAGCUCUAUGUUCGCAGCACACAUUUAGAAAACUCUCCAAAUGUUUAAGGCUGCUCUUGAAUGAAUAAUGAUAAUGUGUAUUUGAUGCUCAUGUGGUGUAUGGUUAGCUCCUUAUUGCAAAGAUUGAACAGUAGAGAUUAGAGAGAUGACUUUUAAAAGCCCUGACUUUGUCCAUUCUUUUAUGCUUAUUCAUUCCACAUACAAUGGCUUGUAUAUACUUAUUUCACCAUGAAGUCAGAAGUGUGAUUAUUGUAUGCUGUGCAGUGAAAUUUGCAAAACUUGAGUAUAUUGCCAAAUUUUUUUACAUCAUAAUGUAAUCUAAACAUUAUUGCAAAACACUGCAGUCUGCCUAAAUGUCAUUAAAUUUUUUUUAAAAGACA